AUGUUCAAGCUCACACUCCAGGGCAAGGCCGCCUCCGCUGCCGCACCAGCAUUGGCCCGUGGCUACGCCACCAAUGUUACUCGCACAAUGUUCCCUCGCCAUUACCGUCUCCGCCACAAAGUCCAGUCCGAGCAGGAUGCAACCCCCCUCAAGGACGGCUCACUCUUCAUCCGUCGCCCCACCGCCGGUCCCACAACCUCGAUCCUCUCGUCUGCACACCCCUCCCCAGCAUCCGUCUCCUCAAGGACAACCUCCACCCCUCUCUCCCACCCCGACCUGCCCCCUGCCCUCAAAACCGCCACCACAGGAACCACAGGAAAGUCUGCAGUUGGAGCAAAGCCUGAGUUCGCAAAGUUGUCCGAGGAGCAGAUUGCAGAGAUGAAGGCGCUGAGGCUGGAAAACCCUGCCAAGUACACCCGCUCGUACUUGGCCAAGAAGUACAACGUCAGUGAUUUGUUUGUCAAGUGCUACAUCCCUGCCUCAAAACAGGUCCAGAUCGCACGGAUCAAGGCUCAGCAGCGGUCGUUUGACAAGAAGGGUUGGAAGGCUCAGGAGAUUGUUGUCCAGCGCCAGAAGCGUCGUGAGCUCUGGUAA